CGGACUCUCGCAUCGCUGAAAGGACCGAGUGAGAGAGGCCUCUCGACAACGUCGAUAUUUGUAGCCCUCCCUUUGGACCGUACGGGACUUUGUACGUGGUCCUGAACUCCAAUCUAUGAGCCGGAGACUCGACCCAUACAGGGAAGCAGCUCGCGAGCGACCUCCCACUGGCGAUCCUCGCUUUCGUCCGGAAAAUCGCUUUCCCAGGAGACAGUCUAUCGACAGGUCCGCCGACUUUUAUGGGAGGCGGAAUGGGCCCCCGGGACCGCACGGUGACUGGGGAAGGGAACCCCCACCGCCUCGGAAGCCUGAUUUCUAUGGCGCGGAUCCCGAGUUCCCACAUUAUAGCGACGGCGUCUUGCGAAACCAGCCGCCGAACGAAUUUGACCGAAUGCCUCAUGCGAUAGGGGACCAGUUCGGGGACGAAGGGCCAACACCGAGUUCCUUUAAAAGGUCUCCAAAUCCACAGAUGCGCGAAAUGCCACCACCGCUCCCGGCACAACCACCUUUCCAGCGGUUUAGGGACGCUCCGCCACCACAGAGGGAUGGUGCCUGGCACAUGGAGCGUCGAAGAAGACCGAGCAUCCUUGACGAAGAACAAAUACCUUUUGGAGGGGAAGCGGGGGAUCAUCGAGAGCCGCCUUUUUAUGAACAUCAUACACCGUACGGUGUUCAACGUAGGCCGUUUGGGGAUCCCGCACUCCAUCGUGAAGCUCCAGAAGUCGAGAUGGGCAGUCACUACAGAGGCCCUUUCCCACCAGAAUUGGAAGGAGGGGACCGAUGGGGAAGACCGCCAAUGGGCAGACCCCCGCCACAACGGCCUUCGCUGACGGCGGACUUGCAUGCUAGGGAACGACGAGCGAUCAAUGCCGAGAGACUGCAUGGUCCACGACCCAGGUUUGAUCGGCCGAUGGAUGGCUUUCCGCAUGAUACCGUUGACGUCCAAAUUGCAAGUGUAGCAGAUGCCAGCCGAUUGCAUCCCGAACUGGGCGCUGGGCCAUUCAUACCGGCACGCUCUUCUCGGCGGCCAUCUUUCGACUUCCAUGGUCCUCAAGCAGCUGACGAAGCACGUCACUUCGCAAACGGGCCACGACCUUACGAUAUGGGUGCCUGGACUCCUGGUACACGCGAUCCAAGGGAAAGCGGGCCCUAUUGGCGCAAUGAUUAUCGGCGACCUUCAGUAACGUUUGACCGUGGCGAAGUCGGUCCCUCUCGCGGAAGCUCGAUUAUGGCGCCUCUAAAUCGCGCGUAUGAUCGCGCGGAUGGAUUUCUCCGCCCUCGAGGACUGGCAGAACGACCGAAUCUUGCCACGCCCAUUAAGAAGGGUUCUGUUGUCGAGAUUGCGCGUGUUGAACGACCGUCGAUGAUAGCGGGUUCCAAGGCCAAUCAUGAAAUUGACGAUAACGUUAACGACGUGUUGGAUGACGAAGGUGAUACACCAAAGAAGGAACCGGAGAAGCAUAGUCUGCAAGACACUGGUUUAAGUCUCAAACGGCUGGCGGAGAUUGAAGGCGAGAUGGCUCAGUACAGGGAGCUCAUUAAGAUUGUCAAUCGGCCCGCCGAGAAGGUCAGGCCGCCCUCGGCUUCCGAACGGGUUGAGGAGGAGACGGCGGGGAAGGCAGGAGAUGAGACGAACGUAUGUCAAAUCCAGUCAGAUGACAUUGUGGCACUGCAGACGGAAGAGGAGGAGGAUCUGCAAGCUGAGCUAACUGCUGAGGAGGAUGUGGUCGUCUCGGACCCGGAACUUGGAACACCAGAUCAAAUUCUGGUGGCCAAGGUUCUCCAGAACAAUCGGCGGAGGGCGCAAAGAGCCUUCAUGACUCGCGGAACGCGGAUGCUCAUGUCAGACGAGGAUCGGAUUCGUGCACUCUAUUCAUCUCCGGUCGAUCUGCCCUUCUAUCAAAGCAACAUCGAAAAGCACCGGAAAAUCAGGGGAGCGAUUGUGGCAAAAGUGGCAGCCAGGUUCAUCGACAAUGCCGCACGUCGUACCCAGUUGCAGGAAGAGUUCGAUGAACGGACAGGCGACUGGCGACGAUCGAUCAACGCCCUCGAAGAUGACAAGGCAAAGAAACGCCGGAGAUUGGCCAAGAGCGGGAUGCUCUCCAGCGCUAACCCAGCUGGUUCGACAACCCCAGGUGCUGGAGCGUAUGGCUCACCUGGGGGCGUGAACCCCUUUGCUCGGACGUCGCGGCGGAGCACCUUCACAUCGGAUACUGUGCGAACAGAGGCAGAGUUCCAAGAGGCUUUGGCGAUGCUUGGAAUUGCAGAUGAUGAUCCAACCAACCACGACCCUCACCGAUCAUGUAAGGAACCGGACAUGGUUCUUGAUCCUACUCAGAAGAGCCUGCUGCAAUACGAGGAUUACAACAACCUCGUCUACGACCCCGCGGCUGACCUGGAAGAAUACAAUGCGCGGCUUGCGUUGAUUUGGUCGGAAGAGGAACAGGCCAUCUUCCGGGAGAAAGUGCUCUAUUACGGAAAGAACUUCCACUCCAUUGCGAGGCACCUGCCUUUCAAAGAUACCCAAGAUUGCGUGCAUUACUAUUAUCGGGAGAAGAAUCUGCUCAACCUCAAAACGCUGAUCAAGCGCGCUCAACGGCGGGCAAAGGUUCAAGCUGCCGCUGCAAAGAGGGCUGGCCGCGAAGUCUCGGACGGAAGAGAGCGGCCGUACCUAUUGUUCACGCAGGAUGACGAGCCGCCGCCGGCCUCAACGCCGAGGGAUGCUCAGAACACUGGACGCGGCGGCCGCCGUACAGGGCGGGGGAAAGAGGGGACGGCCAAAACUGGUAGAAGCGGUGCUGCCGACCCAAAAGAGGAUACUACGACACGUCGUGCUCGGAGAUGGGAGGAAGAAGCAAAUCAGGCGCAGACCAUGGACUCUACAAAUAUGGAAAUUGAUACCCAGGUUGUUACAUCGACGGAGAAAACGCGUAACAAAAUCGUUGAAACAACCACCGAGGUCACUACGACUGUGACGCGCACACAUAAGCGUGGAGCCUCCCAGGACGUGCUUCGAAGUAAGACGGACUCUCCGCAGAAAGAGCGCACCGACUCGCAGAAACUCGCGAUCGAAACGACAGUCGAGUCAGAAACCAUCGAAACCACACAGAUCUUGGAUGAGGUGUCCGUUUCCCUCUCCGUUGAUUCUCCAGUGCAAGGCGCGUCGCCGGACGUUGAAGGCGAAGGCAUGGAAGGUGCGGUGGAUGCGAGGAACCGACGACGCGGCCGACGGCGAGAAAUCGACGAUGUCUCUGGUCUCACUGGUAUCCCCGACAUGGACGGUGUUGAAGGUGGCGGUGCAGGGAACGACCAAGACCUUCCAAAACGCACCAUCUCGUACUGGAACACCGAAGAGACUGUGGCAUUUCGGGACGCGUAUGCGACCUUUGGCAAGGAUUGGGAGCUCGUCUCUCAGAAAGUUGGCAGCAAAUCCGCAAAGCAAGCCCAGAACUUCUACAAGCGCAAUCAAUUCGAAAUGGAUGUACUGCGGACUGGUGGAGCCGACACGCCGAACAGCGAGCUGGACCUUGUGGAUUCUCCAUUGAUCAGCGAAACAACCUCGCCAACCAAGAUACCCGAGACUGCUAGAACCCUGCAAAGACGCAAGUCCCUCGUACAGGCCGAGGUUAUCCACGGACUGACCGCCAACCCCGCCGUCGAGCCAGUAGAGACGAACGGACCCCCAAAAAUCCGAUCCUCCAAACUGGCAACCGUACUCAACAUCCCCCCAAAGCCCCACCCGCAACCCGCACCCCCAUCACUCGCCCUCACACAAUGGUGCCGUGACAUCCAAUCCUACAUCCUCGACCCCAACGCCGCCCAGCAGCGUCCCACCCAACGCCUCGUCGAUCACGCCUCGCUCCUCACCCACGCCAACCGCGAAGCACCACACCAAGCCGCCUCAGCAGUCGCGGCCCAACGCGUCGUCAAACUAGCCCAGGAAUGCGUCGACGCGAAAGUGCAGGCUAUAUUGUCUCACGCGCCCCCAUCGACGCUCAUGCAGUGUGGGUUUGGCAUCGAUGUGGCUGUGCCUGGUUGGGCGCCCGCGCUCAAUGGAUUCUUGAAUGAACAUGAGGCGAGUGUGGGCUUGGCGCCGACGCCGGGGCCGCCGCGGGUGUCUGUGCAGGCUGAUGGUAGUUGACCCCUCCGGAACUCACAUGUUCCUUUUCACCCCUUCUCGCCUCCUUCGACGCGUUUGUAAGCGCAUCGAGUUGGCUUGCUUGUCUGCCGUAUUUCUUUCUCUUUUUGGUUCUCCCAUUGGACCUUCGGCCUCUUCUGUUUGUUUCAUGGAUAGAGGGUCCCUUUUGUAUAUACGGAAAUAUCGCUUGUAUAUAUAUC